AUGAGGAUACAUCCAGUGGACGACCGAGGGGACCAAGACUUGCCGAGGCCCCAGCUCAGCGAACGGAGGGACCCGGACCCCACUCGAAUGCAGAUGCCGCCGGGAAACCCGCUGCUGCUCUCCCACACCCUGCAGGAGCUGCUGGCCAGGGACACCGUGCAGGUGGAGCUCGUCCCCGAGAAGAAGGGCCUCUUCCUGAAGCAUGUGGAGUACCAGGUUUCCAGCCAGCGCCUCCAGUCUUCCGUUUACCGAAGGUACAACGACUUUGUGGUCUUCCACCAGCUGCUGCUGCAGAAGUUCCCCUACCGCAUGGUGCCCGCCCUGCCGCCCAAGAGGAUGCUGGGAGCGGACAGGGAGUUCAUUGAAGCCCGGAGGAGAGCCCUGAAGCGCUUCAUCAACCUGGUGGCCCGGCACCCCCCCUUCUCAGAGGACGUGGUCCUCAAGUUGUUCCUGUCCUUCAGUGGUCCCGACGUGCAGAGCAAGUUGAAGGAGUCGGCUCAGUGUGUUGGUGACGAAUUCCUGAACUGCAAGCUGGCUACUCGGGCCAAGGACUUCCUCCCAGCCGACAUCCAGACUCAGUUUGCGGUUAGCCGGGAGCUGAUUCGAAAUAUCUACAACAGCUUUUACAAGCUCCGUGACCGGGCCGAGCGGAUGGCGUCCAGGGCCAUUGACAAUGCUGCUGACCUCCUCAUAUUUGGGAAGGAAUUAAGUGCUUUAGGGUCUGACACGACCCCGCUCCCCUCCUGGGCCACUCUGAACAGUAGCACGUGGGGGUCCCUGAAGCAGGCGCUGAAAGGCCUGUCUGUGGAGUUUGCGGUGCUGGCCGACAAGGCUGCGCAGCAGGGCAGACAGGAGGAGGGCGACGUGGUGGAGAAGCUGAGCCUCUUCCUAGACCUGCUCCAGGCCUACAAGGACCUGUGCGAGCGGCACGAGAAGGGCGUGCUGCACAAGCACCAGCGGGCCCUGCACAAGUACAGCCUGAUGAGGCGGCAGAUGAGCGCCGCCCACGGCCAGGAGCCCGCGUCCGUGGAGCAGCUGGAGUCCCGCAUCAUGGAGCAGGAAGACGCCAUCCAGACAAUGGAGCUGCGCAACUACUUCUCCCUGUACUGCCUGCACCAGGAGAUGCAGCUGGUCCACGUGUACCUGCCCCUCACCUCCCAUAUCCUCGGGGCCUUCGUCAACUCCCAGAUCCAAGGGCACAAGGAGAUGAGCAAGGUGUGGAAGGACCUGAGGCCCAAGCUGCACUGCCUCUUCGCGGGACCCUCCAGCCUGACCCCGCCGUGGUCCCCGAGGGACAGCCUGUCUCACUAGUGCCAGAGGACCCGGCACCCCCACUAAAACUUCUUUCCAAACGGUGUGUCCCUGUUUAAUUCCAUUCAGAUGGCGGCUGUCCCCCAUGUCCCACUGGCUGCCACUCUUCGGGCAGAAGAGCUGACAUCAGAGCUGGUGGGGCCAGGAUCCAGGUGCCGUGGCUCCCCUGCCCUCGUGGGAGCAGAGCUGAGGACACGCCCCCAGGUCUCUAAGCAUCCACAGAAGCUGAGGCCACGUGGGGUCUGCUGCAGUUGUCCCCAACCCCAGCACUGUGGUCUGUUGGUCUGGUGGUGUGAAGUGUUAUGUCCUGGAAUGGUUUUUCUCCCGGCACUCAGAGGGUGGGUGGCAAGGACGUUCUCCCAGAUGGUGCCUGGGGUGUGUGCAGGGACCUCGAGUGCAGGGACCCCGUGUGCAGGGACCUCAAGAGCGGGGACUCUGUGUGUGGGGACCCCGUGAGUGGAACAGUGGGAAGGGCUGCAUUAGCUGAGCAGGGAGGAGGCGGCUGAAACCCUGCAGAGGGCAGGACCACCCCUGUAGCCAGCAUGCCGUGUUGGUCAGUGAGGGGCAGCCCGGCUGCUGAGGCCAGCAGGUAGUCCUUGGGGGUGUGUGUGGGGUGGCCGUGUGAGCUUCGGAGCCACAGCAGGAGCCAGAAGGGGAGGCGGCACUAUUGUUGGGCGCUCAGACUUCAUUUCUAGGGGACAGACCAGACCAGCGAGCAGUCCCAGUCUGGGACUGGCGUGCGACAGUGUCCUGUGUCCCUCCGUACAUGCAUGUGCAUGUCACUCUGUGACUGUGUGCUGUGGUCUGUGGUGUGGAAGGCCAGGUGGCCUGGUGCUUGGCCGUCUGGGUGCUGGGAGCUGCUCUGUCCUUCCCGUUUUGGUGCAUGAGGCUGGAAGGGCGAGGAGGGGAGGGCAGUGGGGUGUUGUCUGGCAGGGGCUGUGGACCAGGGGUCUCUUGCUCUGGUUACCCUUUCAAACCAACCUCAUUUCCAUGGGUGAGUAGAGCCCUCUCAGCCUCCUGCUCUUGCUGGCCCAGCCACCUGCUUCCAGGGUCUGAGGGGACUGGUGUCUUGCAGCUCUGGGGGUGGGGUGGGUGCUUCCUGAGCCCCAUCCGUGUGAACAAGCAGCAGACAGGGCCCCUUGAGGAACAGGUGCUAGAGGGUCUGACUGCAACGUAGGGUCGCGGGGAGCCCGCCUCCCAGGGCUGCUGCCUGACUCAGGGUUGUCUGAUGUCGUCUGACUUCCAAGCCCGUGUGUCACCUGGGGACACGCAAGACCCUGACCUGGAGGUGGAGGCUCUAGGGUACCUGCAGCCAGACAGGCUAGCGCAUCACCUUCCGGGGGAAGUGUCACUGGGGCACACCCUUCCCUGGGCUCUUUGUGGAAGCAGCUGUGCAGGGAGAAGGCUGCUGAGCUGCCCCAGCCCGAUGCCCUGCUGCAGCCAACGUGCCUUCCUGGGUUGAGCUGGGCAUUGUACUCCCAGGGCCUGGCAGGUGGGGGCUGUUCUUGCUUUUUGGUCUCCCUCUUUGGAAACGGGUUCUCAACCGCGUCGAGCAGCCUUGUGCUGCCCCUCCAGGCACUUCUGCACACUUGACCAUGAAGUAUGACUGCCAGGCCUUUUCUGUCCUGUCCUUCAGCAGCUGCUGCUCACUCACCUGGGGCCUGUCGUGGGCGACGGGGGACAGUAACCACCAUAUAGGCAGUGGAGAGUCACACAGAUCCCCAGCCAGGCCUGGGGCUGCAGCAGGAAGGGGGUGACAGGGAGCAUCUCCCAGGGCAAGCUCAGGCUCUCCCUGCACAGGUCACUAGGCUUGGGGUGGCGGGAGGGAGGGGGGCCUGCAUGCCUCUGCGCCCUCCUGCUGCCUGAGCUGUCCUUGCUGUCCCUGGGAGCUGAGGUGCCACCACAGCCUCACCUCGCCCAGUAAUGGGAACCCCAGUUGCAAUGCCCCAUUGCACCCUUCCUGCCACACAGGGAGGAGUCACUGCUCCUGCUCGUGCUCCAGAAAGGCGAGUGACAGCACCACUGGCUCAGCCUGGCCCGUGGUUGGUCCCUCCCGCCUGCGCCCAGCUCACGCAGCGGUAACCAAAGACACAGAGCCUGUGGGGCCUGUGGGACUCGGCUGGCGCUGUCCGGGUGGGUCUGCAUCUGAGGCCUUUCCUCCUCAAGUCAGUUUUGUGUGUGAAGCACUUUAGCGGGCUGCCCGAAUCAGUGACGGCCACACCGAGUAAACUGGAAUUGUUUAUAGAUGGUCCACAUUCUGAGGUUUUCGUCAAUAAACUAACAUGAACAACAAUUAAACAUAUUUAUAAAA